AUGCUGCUGUUCUGGGGGUCCCUGCUAUGCUGGGGGCUGCUGCCUCAGACUCAAGGGGAAGCCCGGCAUCAGAUCUUCCUGCGAAUCAGCAAGGAUCAGCUGGAAACAGACAUUUCAGACCUGUUCUCGGAGCACCACAUCCUGGACCGCAUGGCCGGGAUUCCUGUGACGGGGGCCGCAGGUGAAGGCGUCACCAUCCUGGACCACCUGCCCUUCGUAAGAGAAGGCCUUUCCAAGAAGAGCAGUGGGCUCGAUCUGUCACUGGUGGGGGACCUGCUCUCAGGGAGGAGACUCCCACUGCUGGGGAAGCUGCUCCAGGUGGGCGGGUUGGUCAUAGAAGACGCCAUAGGGCCUGAGGUCACCCUGCAAAUCCUGAGUGACAGCCUGCUGCAGGUCACACUGCGAACCAAACUAUACCUCUCGCUCCAGCAGAUACUGCGGCUCAAAGUCAUCAAGAACAUCCGCAUUGGGAUACGGCUGGAACAGACCGGGAACAAGACCAAGGUGGCUUUCGAGGAGUGCCACACCCCACCGGGAUAUCUCAGCAUCAGGGUUCUGGAGCAAAUGGACCCCCUCCUGGCGAACGAAGCUCUGGCGUGGGUGACAAGUGUCCUGGAUAAGGCACUACCCUUCGUCCUACAGAAGAUAGUGUGCCCCCUGGCCACAACCCUGCUCAAUUCCCUGCUGGAAGACCUGCUGCACCUUGCUCUGCCCCCGACCAUCUCAGGCCCAGAAGACUUCCAGUACUACGUCAUCACCACGGAGUUCACGGAGGAGGCCAUCCUGAUGGAAGUCCAGCUUGUGACACCCUGCGGCCCAGGCCAGAGACCCCAAAGGCCUGACCACCUGACCCUCCAACCCCUUCCAAAAUUAGCCCAAGGCAACAUGGCAGACCUGGCUUUUGGGCUAGAAGUCUACAAUGAUAUCGUGUCCUGCCUCUACACCAGCAAGGAGAUACGUGUGGACCCCCAGGACUCUAAAGCUGCUGACCUCAUUCAACUGUUGUCCCUGAGAGAACUGGAGCCAGGGGCCCAGACUUCUAAGAAGUCCAGAGGAAAUGUGAGACUGACCAUCAGUACCCCCGACCCUCCCAUCGUCCGCAUUGAUGGCCACACAGCCACCGUCACCCAGCCGGGCUCACUGGUCCUACUGGGGUCCAGCAACACCUCCUCUGUCUCAGUGUCCUGGAAUCUCCUUUCAAAGGCUGUGUUUUCCUUGAGAAAUCAGGAAUUAAAACUCCAGUUCUCUCUAAGCAGCACCACAGUCAUGCUGGGCCCUUACCCAGCCGGCCUCACAAAGCAGGAAAAACGUACGGAGGCCCUUCUCUUAGAACUUCUGAACACGGUAUUUUUGCCCCAACACAAUGAGCUGCUCAGAGAAGACCUCCCGCUGCCUAACAUCAAGGGCAUCUCCUUCGACCAGGCCCAAGUGGAGCUCUCCAAGGGGUAUAUGCUGGUGACUGUUCCAGAGGAAUAGCCAGUUCUCACCUAGGGCUAGCCCCCGGCCUCAGCCACAAGUGCUCUGGACCCCUGAGAGUCCAAGAAUGGCUACUGUCACAACGGAGAAUCUC